AUGGCCGUGUCGCGAAUCUUAGUGUAUGCUUGGAUCCAAGCUCGAAAUGCCUCGCCGCGAAGGUGCCGCAGCACAGGCACGGCCCAUACUUGGCAUGCAGAGACUAUGUCACCGGUAGACCCAUGUGUACUCCUUACCUCACCGACCCCACAGCCAGAAAAGGCAUAUAUAUGGUUGGGAAGCCGGAAAAGCCGUCGAGGACGCAUGCAAGCACAUAGCAAGUCUCUUGACACAUACCCCAAAGUUGUCGUCUUCACCUCGAGUGCACGGAAAAAUAGACAACAUGGCCGUCAAAGGUAUUACUCGUUUCCACAAGGACCGCAAGAAGCACGAUAUCACCACUCAAACACGUCACCCGGCCGAUGA